CCGACAGAAGAACACUGGGCUGAAUGCUCUGGACCUACCUGGAUCUCUCGACAACGACACUCAUUUGCCUUGUCGAGGGACGUUGCUAGGAAAGACUCCCUGUAUUCUACAAACUACAGGCACCUCGACAUCUCCAUAUCGCCUUUAGACCUCGUUGUAUCGUCAGACUUCCACGACUGCGCGCAUUGUACAAUAACCUUCUGUUCUUAACCGCAACCUGCUCGCGCCCUAUUGAACGCGUCGUCGACUUGAUACAGUUAAUUCCCCAUCCCUUUACCAUCCAUCUCUGCGAUUGAGCUAUUGCUACAACAAUUCUUUCGCAAGUACAAAGCCCCUCGACAAACAAAUCCAACGCGCUGGCCGCCUCCCCUCGAGAUCCCGUUCUCACUCGAGCCGCUGCAUAACCGAUUUUCAUAAUGGCGGUUGCAUCGAUACAGGACCGAACUGCCGAGUUCAAAUCGGUCCUCGCGCAAGCACAACGUCGCCAGGCCUCGACUAAGGUCGGCGCUCAACGGCGGUCUCUCCUUACCGACUCUCAGAAGGCCGCCGCCGAUGGCGAAUCCCGACCGCGGCGCUCUGACUUUGCGCGCCAGGCGGCGCAGAUUGGAAGAGGAAUUUCGGCCACGAUGAGCAAGCUCGAGAAGCUGGCAACACUGGCAAGACGCAGAACUUUAUUCGACGACCGGCCGGUCGAGAUCAAUGAGCUCACGUACAUUAUCAAGCAAGACCUGAGUGCUCUUAAUCAACAAAUCGGAAAUCUACAAGUUUUGACGAAGCAGCAGCAUCCGAAGGCUGAUCAAGAGGGAGAGCACAACAAAAACGUUGUCUUCAUGCUCCAGGGCAAGCUGACGGACGUCUCGGCUAACUUUAAGGAUGUCUUGGAGGAGCGAACCAAGAACAUCCAGGCCUCGAGGUCGAGGACAGACAACUUCAUCUCCAGUGUCUCUCAACACACACAACCGCCAUUGCAGCAAUCGGCAUCGCCCUUGUACGGAACUCCGCACAGAGGAACGCCAUCACCGGGCGCUGACCUUCUCUCGUUGAAUCCUCCAGGGGAUCAGCAACUUCUACUCAUGGAAGAGGCGCAACCACAAAACACGUAUAUUCAAGAGAGAGGCGCGGCGAUUGAAAGCAUCGAAUCAACAAUUGCCGAGCUGGGAUCUAUCUUCGGACAAUUGGCGACCAUGGUGUCAGAGCAGAGUGAGAUGAUCCAGCGAAUUGACGCAAACACGGAGGAUGUCGUCGACAACGUGCAAGGGGCGCAGAGAGAGUUGCUCAAGUACUGGGGGCGUGUCUCGAGCAACAGAUGGCUCAUCGCCAAAAUGUUCGGUGUACUUAUGAUCUUCUUUCUGCUUUGGGUCCUUAUCGCAGGUUAAGAUUAGACGAGCAUUGGCGUGGGUAUAAUCAUGAGAAUGAUGAGCGGUGGAUUGGGGAAUCGAGACCAAGACGGACACUGGUGUUGGUUUGUGUAAUACCAGUACUGUUCCGCUGUACCAUGAUAUUGAUGCUGGGACGCGAGCGUGACACAGCGAUAAAGCUUCUCUCUUGCAUAUACUUAGAUCUAUUAAUCAUCAAAGAGGUUAACUUUGGCUCAAGCCC